UGUUAGUUAUGAUAUCAUUUAUUUAAUACGUAAAUUGUUUUCUCAGUAAUAACAUGUAUCAAUAUUUGGCAAUUUUAAUGUUCAUUGGAGUGGCAUAUUCCGGUGAAGCCGUUCCAGAGCAAGUCCACCUCUCCUAUGGAAGGGAUUCAACACAGAUGUACGUAACAUGGAGCACCAUGAAUGUAACUCAAAAUGCCACCUGUCUGUACGGAGUGAACAGCCUCUCCCAGCGGGCUCGAGGAACUACAACAAAGUUUGUGGACGGGGGUCCUGAGCAGCAUACUCAGUACAUACAUAGGGUUCUGUUGUCUAAUCUGCAACCUGGCAAGAACCACAUGUAUCAAUGUGGAAAUGGGAAAACAUUUAGCAAACUAUUUGCCUUCAAAGCCCUCCCCAGUGGUACAGAUAUUGGAGUUCGUAUGGCCCUAUUUGGAGACAUGGGAAGUACCAAUGCACAGUCUUUGCCACGACUUCUUAAAGACAUUCAAAAUAAUAUGUAUGAUGCCAUUCUACAUGUAGGGGAUUUUGCAUAUGACAUGGACUCGGACAAUGGUAAAAAUGGUGAUGCUUUUAUGCGGGCUAUUGAACCAAUAGCUUCAACUGUCCCCUACAUGACUUGUCCUGGAAACCAUGAAAAUAAGUAUAACUUUUCAAACUACAAGAACAGAUUUACAAUGCCAGGUGAUGAAGAAGGAAAGGAAAUGUAUUACAGCUUUAACAUGGGACCUGUUCACAUCAUUUCCAUUAACACCGAGUACUUUUUCUUUGUCAAUUAUGGAAUUCUGCAGCCAGUUCACAUGUAUGAAUGGUUAGAAAAAGAUCUCCAGGAAGCCAGCAAGCCAGAAAAUAGAGCUAAGCAACCUUGGAUCAUUACAAUGGGACACAGACCAAUGUAUUGUUCCAAUAACGACCAUGAUGACUGCACUCACCACGAGUCAUUGAUCCGUAUAGGAAUUCCCUUCAUCCAUGUCCUUGGUAUGGAGAAAGUCAUGUUCAAGUAUGGAGUGGAUCUGAUGUUUUGGGCACAUGAGCACUCGUAUGAACGCCUCUGGCCAGUCUACAACAGACAAGUGUUCAAUGGAAGCUUGACUGCCCCAUACACAAACCCAAAGGCACCAGUACAUGUCAUCACAGGGUCAGCCGGAUGCAGUGAGGAUCAUGAUCCAUUCCGCAAUAAUACAGCUUCGUGGUCUGCCUUUAGAAGUACUGAUUAUGGCUAUACUCGCAUGAAUGUGUUCAACGCUACUCAUUUGUAUGUGGAGCAGGUCUCGGACGACAAGGAUGGAAAGAUUAUUGAUAGUUUUAUGCUGAUCAAAGACAAACAUGGACCCUAUGCUUAAUGUCCUAGCCAGCCUAUUCAAUCAUACUGGAUAACUCUCAUGGUGGUUAACAUAUUGGAGAAUCACAGAAAGAGUAAAAAUGAAAUGUCUCACUCAUGGUUCAAUAUUUACUACUUAUAGACCCUGUUAAGGUCAUACAUGACAUUUCUCAAUAAUACAUGUAUAUAAUUUUUUGGGACAUUUUUGGUACAGUUUUUUUUGCAUCCUAUCUUGUUUCUACAAACAAACAAAAAUUUGAGGUAUACUAUCGGAUGUGUUUUGCACUGAGCAUAUUUUGAUAGUUGCUGGUUGUGGCAAUUAAAAAUGUCAAGUUAUUACUCUUGUGUAUUACAAAAGAUUGUAUGCUGUAAAAGUGGUUAUUUACGCAUGAGGGAAAUUUAAACUUAAUUACGCGGUCACGCAAAAAGCGCUAAAUUUCAUCCACACAUAUAGUUAUAAAUAUUGGAUAUAAUAUAUUCCGCGUAUUUUCCCCCCACACGUAAUGUUGGAUGUGGAAAAACGCUUACUUAACCCGCGUAAAUAACCACUUUUACACUAUGUAGACAUUACUAAGUUAUUGUAGCAAAGAAGGGGAGGAAAAUAUAUGGAUCAAUCAGAGAUUGAACCCGGGACCCUUGCAUUGUUAAUUAGGUGAUCUAACCACUGAGCUACCCAGGCUGACAUACAAAGUAUGGUAUGAAAAUUUGAACCCUAUUUCAAAAAUCAUACAAGAACUCUUCAUAUCGAGAAGAGGAAAAAAUAGUUGUAGAUAAAAUGGCAAAAAUAUCAUGUAUGGCCUUGAAUUUUUAAUGCAUUGUUGUUUAAUGAUGAUUUUUUGCCUCCACAAUCAGAGUCAUAGUCUGUCCUCAAAAUCUUUAACACUGGCCAUAAGUUUUGAAUAGUUAGUGCUAGGGCUUUCACAAUGUGUAUUCCUAUUGACAUUUAAGACUUGGUCAUUUUUAACUUUGCUGCCAUCAGUGUUUCAUGAACACAUCUUGUUUCAUCAAAGAAGUACUUGAUCUUCUUUCCAUGUCUUCAUAGUAUCGUACAUUCCAGUGUGUGGUGUCAGGAUGUGCUAUAUACUGUAAAAAAUUUAAUACGUUGUUGAUGUAACACCAUAAUUCAUACAGACAGUAUUAGUGCAUAAGAUAUUUUGACAUACUUGUAUAAAGUAUGCUAUGAUAGGUGAAUUGAUCACGUUCCAAGUGAUAAAAACUUUCUUACGAAAAACAGAGGAAAUAUUUUUCUGUAUAUUUUUCCUAUCUGAAUUCUUGUUCAAAAUUUAAUUAUUUACCCUGUACAUGUAUAGUUACUUUGAAAAUGUUUUUCAUAUGUUUGUGUAUGUGAAAUUACAGUUACCAUGCAAAGAGUAUGUACUUUUACCAUACAGUUACAAAUGAUGUAUAGAGAAUUAUUAAUCAUAUAUAGUUUACCAGGAACACUAUGUAUAACAUAUAUACAAUUUAUGAAAUCUUUUGAUUGAUUGAUUGAUUGAUUGGUUGAUGUUUUAUGUAUUUUUGGCAAUAUAAAUGUAUUUCAGUCAUUUUAUGGGGGGUGAAAUCUUAUGAAGUAACUGUGAUAUUGAUUUAUGAAAUUAUAAAGUACAUGUAUGAAUAUUUACAUUUCUAUUCUAGUUAAAUGUCUCAUGCUAGCGCUUCUGUGGAAUUGAGGACGUAACUGUUACACGGGAAUACUAGUGGUGGAGUUUUGUAGGCAGAAAAUUAAGAAAUUUUAGCCGUUUUUAUCAACAGAAUUAAAUGUGCUUAAUUGUAAA